CGAUUGAAGUGAAUUGACUAAUGUUUGGCUUUCCUCUUUGGUGUGUCUCUCAGCCUCAAGUUAAGAAUUGUUUAAGAAAUGUCACCACCAUCAAAAACUGAAGCCCCUUUCCUCUCAAUCCUACUAAUUACACUAACGUCAACAGUCACUUCUUAUUACUCUUCCUCCCCACCGCCUUCUCAAUCUUCCCAGUGGCAUUCGGCACGCGCCACUUACUACGCAGCGUCUGAUCCUCGGGACGCGGUGGGUGGGGCGUGCGGGUAUGGGGACCUGGUGAAAGCUGGGUACGGCAUGGCGACGGUGGGUUUAAGUGAGGCUCUGUUUGCGCGUGGUCAGAUCUGCGGCGCGUGCUUCGAGCUGAGGUGCGUGGACGACUUGCGGUGGUGCGUACCAGGGACCUCUAUCAUUGUGACAGCCACCAAUUUCUGUGCUCCGAAUUAUGGGUUUACGGCGGAGGGCGGAGGCCAUUGUAAUCCUCCCAACAAGCACUUUGUGCUUCCCAUUGAGGCAUUUGAGAAGAUCGCCAUUUGGAAGGCUGGCAACAUGCCUGUUCAGUAUCGAAGGAUCAAGUGCAGAAAAGAAGGAGGUGUUCGAUUUACAAUUGAUGGUUCAGGUAUCUUUGUUUCAGUUCUCAUCAGCAAUGUUGCUGGUGCUGGAGAUAUAAUUGCAGUCAAGAUUAAGGGUUCAAAAACCGGGUGGCUGCAAAUGGGUCGGAAUUGGGGACAAAAUUGGCAUAUUAAUUCUGAUCUAAAGAAUCAGCCACUGUCUUUUGAGGUCACCAGUAGUGAUGGGCUUACCGUUACAUCAUACAAUGUUGCUCCUAAGAAUUGGAACUUUGGGCAGACUUUCCAAGGAAAGCAAUUCGAAUCAUAAGAUCAGCAUCAACGAGACUAUUCUUUUUCUUUUCUUUCCUUCUCUUUCUUCAAUUCUGUUUUCUGUUGUUUGGUACUGAUUGGGGUGAAAAGUGGUAGCUUUUUUAUUGAGAAGAAAGUAGUUGGCUGAUAUUUAAGUGAUGUAAUUGUUUCAUGAAUGCCAAGAAUGUAAUGGAACAGAUCCCUGAAAUGUCAUGGCUAAAGUGGAUUGGUUUUCUUUAUGCCAUUUUGGCCACCUCAAGGUUCUAAGGCAAGUGAAUGUGAUCGUUGAUUAGAGGACAAAUAAGUAACAAGACUUCUGGAGAAGAAUGAAGGAUUGGCUGCUACUGUAUAGAAAAAAUAUAAGGGCUUACGUGCAAAAAAAAAAAAAAAAAGAAAUAGCUGAAGGGUUUUUUAGUAUUUUAAUCAAUAAAAUUUUAAAUUUGUCCAAGUAGGGCGUAAAUCAUCCUAUUGUAGUCAUGGCUAUGUCUG